GCGAAUUGUAUGGUUGAAUGUUUCAUUUUGUAAAGUUGUAAAUAUUUUUAUUAAAAAUAUUUUGAAUUCAACAGAAGUUAUAUGAUUUCAAUUUCCAUUUCGAAUGUGAAUCAUGGAUUGCCAGGAAACUUGCAUGGAGGAAUUGAAGCAUUAUGCAGAAAGCAAUUAUACUGAUGAACUGAUGUGUAUUUUGCUAAAUGAAGAUAUUCGACAACAUUAUUCAGUUACAAUUGAUACUAUGAGUCUAUUUGAGUCAAAUGUAACGUUUGCACAUCUUUUAUUUGAAUUUCCUGAAAGAGCUCUGAAACUUUUGGAUCAAGCAUUCUAUCAAGCUGCACUUCAUAUUUGUAAUUCUCAAAGAAUACCAGAUAAGGCUCUUAAAGGAACUAUACAUGCUCGACUUACUGCACUACCCCACUUACCUGAAAUUUAUCGAAAAAGCCUUCCUCAUUGUUCAGAUGUGGGUCAAUUUAUGUGCAUUAGUGGGACAAUUAUUCGAAAAACAGCAUGCAAGAUUCUUGAAUUCAGAAAACUGUGGAAGUGUAAAAAGUGCAGAUAUCAGUUUACAAUUGAUGCUGAAGUAGAGAAAGGCUAUAUAUUUGAAAAGCCUACUGUUUGCCCCAACCCUGAAUGGUGCAAUGGAAAAAAUUUCACUCUUUUAAGUACAGAUGUUGAUCCAAUGUACUGUAAGGAUUAUUGUGAAGUUAAGAUUCAGCAACAGUUCAGUACCUUGACUAUUGGUUCUGUGCCUAGAUCAAUGUGGGUUAUUCUUGAAGAUGAUCUUGUUGACACAUGCCAUCCUGGUAAUGAUGUGAAUAUUAGUGGUAUUUUGAUUCAGAGGUGGAAACCACUUAACAGAGGAAAUUUUAUUGAUAUUGAUUUAGUUCUUUUUGCUCACAAUGUUGAAGUGAAAAAUAAAUUGAUACCUGGAGUAUUAUCAGAGAGCUUAGCACAUGAAUUUGGAAGAUUUUGGCUUGACAACCAAAGUGAUCCAUUGAAAGGAAGAGAUUUUAUUUUGUCGUGUAUUUGUCCUCAGGUGUUUGGCUUAUACAUAGUGAAGUUAGCUGUUGCUUUGAUACUAGCUGGAGGUGUUGAAAAAAAAGAUGAAAAUUCCAGAAUAAGAGGAGAUUCUCAUUUAUUACUGGUUGGGGAUCCAGGUACUGGUAAAUCACAGUUUCUGAAAUUUGCUUCUAAAGUUUGCAUGCGUACUGUACUAACUUCUGGUAUUGGUACAACAAAUGCUGGAUUGACUGUGUCUGCUGUAAAGGAAAGUGGAAAGUGGCAACUUGAAGCUGGUGCUCUUGUUUUAGCUGAUGGUGGGCUUUGUUGCAUAGAUGAGUUCAGCUGCAUAAAAGAACAAGAUAAAACAUGCAUUCACGAAGCUAUGGAGCAACAAACUAUAAGUGUUGCAAAAGCUGGCCUUGUUUGCAGUUUGAGUACAAAAUGCUCUAUUCUUGCUGCAACUAACCCCAAAGGAAAAUAUGAUGCGAAUCUGAGUCUUUCUGAAAAUACAGCUCUUGCAAGCCCACUUUUAAGUCGAUUUGAUGUUAUAUUAGUGUUGUUAGAUACUUAUGAUGAAAAUUGGGAUAAAAUGGUAUCUUCUUAUAUAUUAGAUGACCACAAUUAUUUAGCUAAGUCAAAUCAGAAAUCUUGGUCUGUCUCAAAAAUGAGAAGCUAUUUUAAUAUGAUCAGGCAUAUCAAUCCAAAAAUGACAUUUCCUUGUGAAAAAGUACUACAGACUUAUUAUAGAAGGCAAAGAAGCUUGGAAGGAAGAAAUUUUGCUCGAACUACACCAAGGCUUCUACAAAGUCUUAUCAGAUUAGCUGAAGGUCAUGCAAGGCUCAUGUUCCGCUAUGAAGUUUUAGUUAUCGAUGCCAUAAUGGCUAUUAUUUUAAUGGAAUCAUCCAUGUCAGGCUCAGCUGUCCUGGAUGGGUUGGCAACACUUCACACUUCUUUUCCGGAUAAUCCCAGAGCUGAAUAUAAUGAGAAAGCUAAAACUGUUUUGAAACUCUUAAAUCUGGAAGAUUUACUUCCAGACUCUGAAACUUAUGGAUUCUCUUAUCAAGAUUUGUGCAUCAAAAAACUACUGUCGGAAGUUAGUGUAACUUGCAAAUCAAAUAGAUCCAGUUCUCAUCUGUUUGGUACUGGUUCCUUCUCUGAGACCAUACUCACUUUGGAGAAUCAGACUGAUAGCCAUAAUUAUUUUUCUACUGAACAUUCUGGAAAAAUACACACUCGUGAUGAUACAGCAGGUGCCAAUACUUCUCCUAAUUCUUUGAAUAAUUAUAAUUCAUUAAUAUCUACAAAAGAUGAAGACAAUUUGAAUAGAGUUUUGAAUUCUGAAGAAAAUCAAGAAUCCACUAAGGUUUUUACUUUCAAUGAAAAUAAAAUACCAGCAACUACACUUGACAAUUUGAAUGCUAAUCACAAUGAAAUUUCAACAUUAUCUGAUUUGAAAGAUAUGUUCUCUGAUGAUUUUCUUAAAGAUUCUGACACAUCAGGACAUUCCCUAAAAAAUUUCUUCAAAAGAAAACAUACUAAUGAAUCUUUCUCCAAGAUAAAGCCAAUCAAUAACCACCCAACUUCUGAACUUAUUUCUGAUUCAACAUCCAACUCUGAUAAUACACUUAGUGAAGAUACAACAUCUGUUAGUACAUCACCUCAAACAAAAAGAGUAGCUUUGAUUAGACCACAGAAUAUAAAAUCAUUAAAAAAAUUUGCUUUUCAAAAACCGAAUAAAAAUUGCAUUUAUCAAAGCACUGAAAAUCACCAAAUUGCAGAAAGUCCAUAUUUCAAUCAAGAAAAUAAUGUUAUUCUCACUGAAAACAAGGAAAUAAAAUUAAAAUUAAGUGCUGGAAAUAAUAAAACAUCAAUAGUAAAAGAAAAAAGGAUAGAAAAUUAUGUAAAUGCUGCAGCAGGAAGUCAUGUUGAUUCCAACAGUAAUAUGUUUGAUUCAGAAACAAUGUUGAAAUUAAUAGCUCCAAAUAAUACUUCAGCUAUUGAUCAAAGAUGCAGCCCCAAAAAUACAAAAACUGAUUAUUCUAAGAAUGAAAAUCUUAUAAAGGAAAAUUCUAGAGAAAAAUGUAAAUUAGAUAGUCGUCUUCAAAAGUUUUUAUUCAAAGGAAAACGUAAGAAAUCUGAAAGUACAGAUUCUACAACAACCAAUAGCAGUAGUUCUGCAUCAUCUGUAUCUAAUAUAACAAGCAGUGACCAUAUUGAUGAAAAUAUAAAAAAUACUACCAAUAUACUUUCAUCACAAAGAGCUUUCAAGAGAAUUUUUACAACAAAUGAGAGAGAAGAGGAAUUAGAUUUAGACGAUCCUUUUUUUAAAAUAUAAAUGUAUUGUAUUAAAAAAAAAAAGUAAUAUUUUAUUUUAGUUGACUAUAAGAAUUUUUAUAGUGCCUUCUGACACUCAUUUAUACAAUUACCUUUAAAGGGGUAUAUUUUUUGCUAAUUUUCAUAUAUAUAUUUAUUUGUUGCCAAUGAAUUGUUUCUGCUGUAUUUGUCUUAUAAUAUUUAUUAUUUGUUUUCCAAUCAGUGAGAAGGUGUAAUCUAGUUAUAUGCAUUAACAUUGAUGCUGUCACAAUUUAAAAAUUUGCUUUACACAUAUAUCAUUCAACAUGAAUAUGUUUGUCAAUUAUAAAUAACUUGCAUUCUUUGUUCUUAUCAGGGACAAUGGAUUUUGAGUUGUCUUGUGUAAAUUUAAUAUAAUUUAAUGAAUUGAUUCCUAUAAUUGCAAAUGUCUUUCUUUAGCAGUCAACACGUUAAAGAUUUUGUAAACCUUUCUAUGUGGUCUCUAAAAUUUGAUUUUGUUUUUUGCAUCAUUUCAGUCAUAUUGAUAUAGAAUGAAUUUUCUAAAAAAAUAUUUUUA